AUGACCUCGAAAAGCGAUCAAUCGCUCUCCGCCUACGGGCCUGCGCGAUCAACCGUUCAAGAGAAGCCAUUGACUGAAGACGAAGUCCGCAAAUUCGAUGCCUACUUCCGAGCCACCAUGUACCUGUGUCUCGGCAUGAUCUAUCUGAAAGAUAACCCGCUCUUACGCGAGCCGCUCAAGAAAGAGCAUCUCAAGACCCGUCUUCUGGGCCACUGGGGCAGUGACGCCGGUCAGAGUUUCACAUACAUUCAUUUCAACCGCCUCAUCAAGAAGUACGAUCUUGAUGCCAUCUUUAUUUCCGGACCUGGACAUGGUGCGCCUGCUGUCCUUUCUAACGGCUACCUCGAGGGUACAUAUUCGGAGGUGUAUCCAGACAAGAGCGAGGAUGUGGAUGGCAUGAGACGUUUCUUCAAGUACUUCUCCUUCCCUGGUGGCAUCGGCAGCCAUGCUACUCCUGAGACGCCGGGUUCGCUUCAUGAAGGUGGUGAGUUGGGAUAUUCCAUCUCCCACGCCUUUGGAACGGUGUUUGAUCAUCCCAAUCUGAUCACUCUCACCAUGGUUGGAGAUGGGGAGGCCGAAACGGGACCGCUGGCUACGAGUUGGCAUAGCAAUAAGUAUCUGAACCCUGUCACCGAUGGUGCUGUUCUUCCCGUGUUACAUCUGAAUGGAUACAAGAUCAACAACCCAACACUUCUAUCCCGUAUUUCCCAUGAUGAGCUCGAAAUGCUGUUCAAGGGCUAUGGAUGGGAGCCGUUCUUUGUCGAGGGAUCUGAAUUCGACACCAUGCAUCAAGCUAUGGCAGGUACCCUCGAGACCUGCGUGAAGAAGAUUCGCGAGUAUCAGAAGCAAGCUCGUGACAGCAACAAAGCUUUCCGCCCACGCUGGCCUAUGAUCGUCCUCCGGACGCCAAAGGGCUGGACUGGGCCGCGAAAAAUCAACGGCCACUACGUUGAAGGCUUCUGGCGUGCACAUCAAGUCCCCAUCACGGAUGUAUGGGAGAAACCUGAAAGCCUGAAGUUGCUUGAAGACUGGAUGCGCUCAUAUGAACCGGAUAAGCUCUUUGAUGAGUCGGGGAAGCUUGUAUCGGAGCUCAAGGAGUUGCCUCCUUCGGGCACCCGACGCAUGUCUGCCAAUCCAGUCACCAAUGGUGGUACUAUCAAGCGCAAGCUCAAUUUGCCCGACUUUCGCGAGUACGGGCUCAAGGUACACAAGGCUGGAGCAGAGUCAGCAGGUUCCAUGGCGAUCUUUGCGCAGUUCCUCAAGGAGACCGUGGCGCGUAACAUGGACCAGUUCCGCGUCAUGGGUCCUGAUGAGACACAAUCGAACAAGCUUUCUGCCAUCUACGAAGCUGGCAAGAAGGUUUGGCACGCUGAGCAUUUCGAAGAGGAUGAUGAUGGCGGCGAGCUGACAGACACUGCCAACGGCCGCGUCAUGGAGAUUCUCUCCGAACACACCUGUGAGGGCUGGCUCGAAGGCUACGUCCUCUCCGGCCGCCACGGUCUCUUCAACUCGUACGAGCCCUUCAUCCACAUCGUGACCUCCAUGGUCAACCAGCACUGCAAAUGGAUCGAGAAAUGUCUCGAAGUGCCCUGGCGUGCCAAGGUCGCCUCCCUCAACAUCCUCCUCACCUCCACAGUCUGGCGUCAAGACCACAACGGCUUCACCCACCAAGACCCCGGCUUCCUCGACGUCGUCGUCAACAAAUCCCCCGACGUCGUCCGCAUCUACCUGCCCCCCGACGCAAACUGCCUCCUCUCCACCAUGGACCACGCCCUCCGCAGCCAAAACUACGUCAACGUCAUCGUCGCCGACAAACAAGACCACCUCCAAUUCCUCCCCAUGCCCGACGCAAUCGAGCACUGCACAAAGGGCAUCGGCAUCUGGAAAUGGGCGUCCAACGACGCCGGCACCGAGCCCGACGUCGUCAUCGCCUCCUGCGGCGACGUCCUCACCCAGGAGGCCCUCGCCGCCGUCGCCCUCCUCCGCGACCUCGUCCCGGACCUGAAAAUCCGCUUCGUCAACGUCGUAGACCUCUUCAAGCUGAUCUCCCCCGACGAGCACCCGCACGGCCUCAACGCAACCGAGUUCCGCGCCAUCUUCACUGACGACAGACCCGUCGUCUUCAACUUCCACUCCUACCCUUGGCUGAUCCAUCGUCUCACGUAUCAGCGUGCGGGCGCGGCAAACUUGCAUGUGCACGGGUAUCGCGAGAAGGGCAAUAUCGACACCCCACUUGAGCUCGCCAUCAGGAAUGGCACCGAUCGCUUCACGAUUGCGAUUGAUGCCAUUGAUCGCGUCAAGGGCCUUGGCAACAAGGCUUCUGGGGCGAGGGAGGAGCUGUUGAAUAGGCAGAUUACGGCACGGAACUAUGCCUUUCAUGAGGGCAUCGAUCCAGAUGAGCUGAGGAACUGGAAAUGGCCGUUCUAG